AUGUAUUUGUCAGAUUUCCAAUUUCCACCUCAGAAACCUCAAAAAGAACCAAGUGAAGACAAAGGUCUUCCUCAACCACCUAGCGUUUCACGGGUUAGAGCAUUAUAUGACUUUCGUCCGACCGAGAGUAAUGAACUCGGAUUCUCCUGUGGAGAUAUUAUUAAUGUUAUAGAUAAUGUCUAUAAGGAUUGGUGGAAAGGAGAGCUACGUGGCAAAACUGGUAUUUUCCCGGAAAAAAUAACUGAGCCAUCACCAGUAGAUAUUGCGAAAGAACUCGAAAUGGAAGUAAAUGUUUUUUCACAGGGUAAAAACAUUGAACGUCUUCUAGAGCUGCUCGAAUCGUUUGAUGCACAAAAGGAUAGUGUCACGACAAAUGAAGAUAUUCAGGGUUUGUUUGUAAAUAUAACAGCUACCCCGAAGCCAGUUCAUCCGGGCUACGUCACGCCACAAGGUUAUGUAGCACCAAACUCGACUUAUAUAGGGGGGGGAUAUCCCAAUUCAUCGCAACAAAUCUAUCCUGCACCGAAUCAGGUAGAUUCUACAAAUCCAUUUAAUCAGCAUACAGACCAACAACAAAAUGUAUAUCAAGCACAGCAAUAUUAUUCCAUGGGUCAGCAAAAUGGAUAUCCGCCAAAUCAACAAUCUCAAUAUGGGUCUCAAGCUCCGCAACAACCAUAUCAACAACAUCAAUAUAUGAACCCACAAGACCCUACACAGCAAUAUCAUCAAAUGCCACAACAACAACAAUAUAUGAACCCACAGGAUCCUACACAACAAAUGCCACAACAUCAACAAUAUAUGAACCCACAGGAUCCUACACAAGUUCCACAACAACAACAUUAUAUGAGUCCACAGGAUCCUGCACAGCAAAUUCCACAACAACAACAACCAUAUAUGAACCCACAGGAUCCUACACAACAAAUUCCACAACAACAACAACCAUAUAUGAACCCACAGGAUCCUACACAACAAAUUCCACAACAAUAUAUGAACCCACAGGAUCCUACACAACAAAUUCCACAACAAUAUAUGAACCCACAAAAUCCUACAACACAAAUGCCGCCACACAUGCCGCAACAAGCGCAAUAUAACCACAAUAUAUAA